UCAAGCAAGCGCACGCAUCAUCUAACGGCCUCUACGAAAAUGCUUAAGAAAUUAUGGAAAGUAUUGAAUAUGUCGCAUCAACGCGGCGAGAGAAGAUGCUUCAGUAUAAAGCAACGCAACUCUGACUUUCACUGAUAAGGCUUUGUCGGCGUCUUCAUGGCCCAAUGAUGCGCCGUCACUGGCUAUUGGUUGGUGCCUGUGGGUGGGUCCUGCUCGUCCUUAUGUUCGUCAGCAAGUUUAUCAACUUCACCUUCAGGAUGCCAGAUGAUUAUGGAGGAAGAGUUGAAAUGUUGAACUGGACCUUUCCAUCUGUAAAGACUGAGAAGGCUCAGCUGGAGCAGCUUGUGCAAAAGGCAGAUUCACAGCCAUCUCCAGUGUCCUCAGAUAGCCCAGCUGAAGAUGAGCUCUCAAACUGGGAGACAGUGACCAUACGUCGUUUGCAGCUUUUAUCAAGUGUUUGCAGGAACUCAUCUCUCUGGAACCUCACUCACACUCCCUUGCGCAAGUUUGUCCUUGACCGCAUCUUCGUGUGCGACAAACACAAGAUCCUUUUUUGCCAGACCCCCAAAGUGGGAAACACACAGUGGAAGAAGGUGCUCAUUGUCCUCAAUGGAAAGUUCUCCAAGGUUGAAGAUAUACCUGAGAAUAUGGUCCAUGACCACGAGAGAAAUGGUUUACCUCGCCUGUCCUCUAUGAGUGACUCAGAGAUCACUGAAAGGUUAAAUAAAUACUUCAAGUUCUUCAUCGUCAGAGACCCCUUUGAGCGUCUCAUAUCUGCCUUCAAGGACAAGUUUGUGCAGAAUCCACGUUUUGAGCCGUGGUACAAGCACAGCAUAGCACCAGCCAUCAUACGCAAGUACCGCAAAAGCCACCGUGACACCGGCCAUGCUGCCGGCCUGCACUUCGAGGACUUCGUCCGUUACUUGGGUGAUGAGCCUGGUCGCCAGUACCUGGACCGGCAGUUCGGCGACCAUAUCAUCCACUGGCUCACAUACACCGAGCUCUGCGCCCCAUGCAACAUCUCGUACGACGUGGUGGGCCACCAUGAGACACUGGAGCAUGAUGCACCCUACAUCCUGAGGGCGGCCGGCAUCGGUGGCCUGGUGACGUAUCCCAGCAUCCCACCGGGGAUAACCCGCUACAACCGGACCAAGGUGGAGAGAUACUUCUCUGGAAUCAGCAAGCGCGACGUCCGCCACCUUUACGCUCGUUACCAGGGCGACUUCGGCCUUUUCGGCUACCGUAGACCCGAUUUCCUGCUGGACUGAUGCACAAAUGGGGGGAAAAAGUGAGGCUUGGUUGAGUAUUUUUAUGGAUCUUACCGCUUAAAUGAUAUUUUGGAGUACUGAAGAGAGAUGUAGGAUUAUCGACAAACGAGUAAAUUCUGUUUUCUGACAGGUGGUUUUGUAAGCUAUUGCCUCUUGUAUACUUUAUAUUUGGACUAGUUUCAUGAUUUCUCUUAUAAUGGUGAAGGAUAGAAGGAAAGGUUAAGGAAAGCUGUUCUUUGGACAGCGCCAUGGGGCGGUUGUUAGGUGGAACAGCCCCACCUUACUGGAUUUAAGGGUAUGCAAAUUGUACAAGUUUUAUAGUCUUGAUAAAUGGUUGCUGCUGUAUUGGCUAUAUGAACAUGACAGUAUCAUAUAAAGAUGUUAUUUAACAAAUGUUGAUUAGCUAUUUAAGUAGUGGUAAAUGAUGAGAUUCUUAACUCUUUUGAAGAGAGGUCUGCUUUAAAAGUAGACUUUGUGACUACAGAACCACAAAGUGGUCUUUCCUCAGAUUUCCUGUAAAGCUAAACAAAAAAACAUAUCUUUCAGUUUUAAGUUAUUAUGUUGUGGUGAAAAGCAUGUUUUAACAAAUACUGAAUUGUUGCCUCAAUUUAAAGAAAGAAAGAUACCUUGAAGAGUUGAGUACCUUGAAGAAAAUCACAGAGUGGGAUUUUAAAGUAACUAACUAUUAAUUGUACUAUGAACUAAUGAUCAAAUACUGCAGUCUCAAGAUGACCAUCUUGGUCAUUUUUAAGAUUUUGGAUGUUGGGAACUUUUUGUUUGAUAUAUACACACAUUGACAUUGACUUUGUCUUCCAAAACAUUGCUUCUCAUUCUCCUUUGAUACAGGUGGUUUUCAAUGUUGCUUUACUAAUAGGUUAUUAUUGCAGAUUCCCAAUAUAGAUUUCUAAUAAAUAUUAAAACAUC